AUGGCUGAACGCAUCUUGAUGAACGAGUUCAAGGCGCUAGCCAAGGAGCAAUGGGUCAAUAUUGAGCUCCAAAACGAGGACAUCUUCAACUGGACCAUCGGGCUUAUCGUCCUCAACCCCGAUUCUCUAUACUACGGCGGCUACUUCAAGGCAGCCAUGGCGUUCCCCUCAAACUACCCAUACUCGCCACCAAAAUUCCGCUUCCUCCGCCCUCUCUACCACCCAAACAUCUACCCAGACGGCAAGCUCUGCAUCUCCAUCCUCCACUCGCCCGGCGAAGACGCAAUGUCCGGAGAACUCGCCUCCGAGCGCUGGUCGCCCGCGCAACGCGUCGAAUCCGUCCUGAUCUCUAUCCUCUCCCUCCUCGACGACGCGGAGGUCUCGUCCCCCGCCAAUGUCGACGCUGGCGUUCUUCUACGAAAGUCGCCCGAGGAAUACAAGGAAACCGUACGCAAGUGCGUGGAGGCAUCAAAGGCCGAUAUCCCCGACGGGUACGAGAUGCCGACGCACGAGAGCACAUCCAUGACUGCGCCGAAGAUCAAGGACGACGACUCGGAUUUCUGGGCUGAGAGCGAUGUCGAUGACGAUAUGUUCGGUGGCAGUGGGAGCGAUCAGGAGGAGAUUGACUCGGAUGACUAUGAGGAACAGGAUGAUGAUGAUACGGGCAGCGAUGAGGAGCCUCUUGGGAAGAAGUGA